GAUUUGACAGCUCAGGAGGAAAAUUUUCGGGACCGAGCAUAAAUUUUGCGAAAAUUCGCAUUUUAAAGUGACCCAAAAUGGAGUAAAUAUUGCUAUUCCGGUGCUUUACGUCUUAUUGUAACGUUUGAUAGUGGAAGUUGACGAAUCUGUGCCCGCGCCAGCAAUCCUGGACGAAUUCCAGUUUUUGCCCUUUCAUCGCAGUUCGAGUGGUGGAUAGGCUAGUCGUCAUACGAUUAUAUUCUGCUGUGCUGUGUGUAAACUUUUGCUGAGCUGCGGAGGAAGAGGCAAUAACAGCAGCAGCAAGAAAAUAGCAAACGAAACGCAAAAAAUUGAACACUUUUUCCUGUCGGCUCGAGAAACAUACCAGCUUGCUGAAACUGGCGUACAGACCCAGCGCUGAAGAGGGAUUCAUUAUACAACAGUGUUGUAUAGCUGUAUUCCAGGCGCUAGACGAACCAUUGGUGGAUUGCACGUGGUGGUAAACGGAAUUCAGAGGACAUGUCAUGUCAGCAGGCAUCACGGGUACAGGAAGAUCCGUACACUUUUACGGAGUCGACACCUUUGCAAACAGCUACUCCCUUGUACAAACAACCCCCUCAGAACAGCACCAGCACUAGCGGAAAUACUGCAACAAUACUACCGGUGAUACAAGCUGGCACUAGUCUUCUUACUAGUAACAGUGGCAUAAACCAUGUCGCACAGCAACAACGCGUUUCCGUGGCAUCGCCGAAGGUAGCACCGAUAAAAGUGACCCUGGUGCAGUCACCACUAGGAGUGUUGAACAAGCCUCGAUUGAAUGGGGCCACAUUUACAACAUGUCCAAGUGGAACGGUUUUUCGGACCGUUUCGGUGUCGGUGCCCCAGGCUACGACAAUCGUGCAGAGACCUGCUGCGAGCUUCACGUCAUCCCAGGCCACAUUUGCUACUUAUACGACUACUUCAACAACCAGACCGACAACAGUAUUUACGAAACCUUUGCAGGUUCAAAUAUCCCCCCAGCAGAUGGGUAAAUUUACCCGACAGGUGCUCGCCACUAAAUCAAACGUAAAUGUGUCCCCUGUUACUGGAACUUUUCAAACUAUCAGAAUAGUUAAAAGUGCCAAUCCCCAGCCACAACUGCAAUUGCAGCAGCAGCAACAACCACAACAACAACAACAACAAUCCGCUGGAGGGAGACCAAGCAUAACACCCGACGCUCGAAGAUAUCUAAACCAUUCCAAUAACAGUCUUCUGGGAGGACAAUUGGCUGCAUCGCCAACACCGGUCGCACAGACAGGGACGGCCAUCACCCCUACAGGUCCCAUCAUUCAAACCAUAUCACCAGCAAAAAUUCGCCUAAUUCAACCGCAGUCUCAGGGAAAAAUUUAUAUUCACACACCAAACAGCAGCAACAGUUUGGCAGCGGCAACCCACAUUUCGAAUCCGGCUAGCAUAGCAGCCCUUCGGAAUUCACUGGUUAAACAGAAUCUGUCUCUACUUAACAAGAGUCCGCAAACUGUUACGGUGACAGGUCCUGUCUUGCAAGCAACUGCCCAGACUAAAAACAUUACAGUUCUUCCAGCGGUCAAGCUGCCGUCACUUCCAACAAUCCCCAAAACCGCUAUUAGCAUUCGGCGAACUUCUCCACCGACAAGCCAAACGAGUCUCAAGACGACAAGUACGAUCGUUGCCACUACUUCUACUGUCGCUCAGGUAGUAUCAGUGCCGUCUCCUAUAACGGUGCUGUCCUCGCCGGUUCUGAAAAUACCUCCCAAAAUACCCGUUGCUACAAUCCAACGUUCGAAAACACCGACCACAUCGAUUCUGAAGCCGCAACUGCAACAACAGAAACAACAGCAAACGCAAACGAAGACUCAACCGCAAACACAAGCACAGCCAUUAACGCAAUUACAACCGCAAACACAACCACAAAUACAAUCGCAAAUACGAUCACAACUUCCCCCGGUGAUACAGUUACAACCGCGUACACAAAUACAAACGCUUACGCGGCCACAAACACAAACCCUAAUACAACUGCAGUCGCAACUACAACAACAAACGCAAACGCGACCACAAACAAUAGCGCAACUGCAAGCGCAGAUACAACAACAACAAACGCGACCACACCAGAUUCAAAUCCAGUCACAACCAUUAACGCAGUCAAAACCACAAACCCAAUCACAACCGCCGCCGCCACCACCACCGAAGCCACCACAACAAAAACACACGAUAACGCAACCACAACCGAUUCCGGUUCAACCACAAUUGCAAACGCGUCCCCAACUGCAAACGCUACCAAAACAACCGCUACCGAAACCAAUUCUGCAAGAUGACAUCAGUUUCACAAUUCCUUCGUUUGUGAUUCCCAAACAAAUCCCUAAAGUAGAGCGACCUGCCAUAGCGAAGCCGGUUGUGGUACCCGUGCCGAUUCCUGUGGAAGUUCCGGUUGCCUCGACUUCUAGUAGUAGUCCGUUUGUAACUCCGGUAGCGCCGACGAUAAUUGCUACUACCGUCUCGACGAACACCACCUCCACCACCACUACCACAACCACCAUCUCUAGCAACAGCAGCAGCAGCAGUAGUAGUAGCUGCAGCGGUAGCAAUCCGUCCACCGUCACACCGAAGGCAGCUCCAAAACGUCAGACGAGCCAAUCAUCGCAAGGUACAAAACGUACCAAGCGAUCCUAUAGCAAAUCGUCGCAUCACGAAACGUUGCAAAGGAUACCGUCGGUUAAGAAAGAGACCGGUGAAUCUGCUGGAGGUAGUGAAACAGCCAAGCCUGCAGUUCCGACAGUGCGAUUUCCCAAGUGGAAACCACCGGGAGCAGUAGCAGUUCCAAUGAACCGAGAAUGGCACGCACCCGGUUCGUACAUCUACGAUAUUUGCGCACCGGAUAGCGUGAGCCUUGCCACGCUAGAGGAGGGUCCUUUAUGUCAGGACUUUUGGUUCGAGGAAACCUUCGUUGGCAGCGAGCUGGACGCGGAAGCGUCUGCCUAUCCGAUGAGACCACCACGCAAGGGACGCAAAUCGGCGAAAGAAGAAGCGAUCAGAAAAUUGCUGAUGGAUGACGACGAUCUUAAGGUACUGAGUCGCGAUGAACGGCUGGCAUUGAAGCGGUCAUCCUUGCGCCGAAAGGCGAUUCAAUAUUGGAACGCGCAAAGCUUACGUAGCAUCGAGCCAGUGCGGAAACGAUUCAAGCAGACGUGUAAGAUGAUAGCACGACUGGACAAAAGACGGGAAAAGCUGCUGAUGAAAAACGGCGGUGCGGAACUACCGAAAUGCCAGCGACCGGAUUGCAAUCAAGAGGCACUGUUGGCCACCACCCACUGUUAUCAGCAUAUUACCGAUAAUCACGAGCAGUUGCUGUUCCAGCAGUGCACGGCAAAGUUCUCCGACAAUAGCCAGUGCCGGGUGCCGGUGUUUAAUCUCAAUCACGAUCUGAUUCUGUGUCGCGAGCAUGCCUGGAAGCACGAUAAUCACGAUAAAAUGACCGCCGAAGUAAAAAUGCUGAAGAAACCUGCUGCGAGUGUUGCUGCCAAGAAGAAAAUGCCGAAAUCGGCCACGGUUGUCACGUCGGUAUCUCCGACAACAAACCGAACAGCUCCCACCGCUACGGUGACCAAUGCAAAGAAGAAAACGAAGAAGAAAAAACUCACACCGCUGCAGCAGCAGCUGGCACUGCACCAACAGCACUACAAGCAACAAUAUUCAAGUAUUAUCCAUUCAAAACCAACCUUACCUCCACCAGCGUACGGGGCAUCGUCUGGCGUUGAUCAAAAAAUCGCUACACAGACGAACACGUUCCGUCAAUCGGGAAACGUUAUCUAUCAACAGAACAAGAUACUACCGAGCAAUACCCAAACGGGCGGAAUAUCACAAACCGUCACCCGCAACGUCAACAUUCCGUUGCAACAGCAACAGCGUCUAUCUAUUCACUCUUACCAGCAACAAACACAACAUCAAAAACCAACACUGGUGGUAACGCAGUCCCACCAGAACCUGCGUCAACAACAGCAGCAGCCGCCAAUGAUUGACCGGAACGAUGAUCUGAUGCUGAACUUCACAGCACAGCAACUACAACAACAACCACAGAAGCAGCAGGUUCAUCAGGUUAUUGGAAACAGCACACAGGACCUGUUGAAUAUAUGCGAAAACAGCUCGGCUUACGCGAGCUCAGAGGACACCGGUGUUGGUGGUCUAUCGGAAUCUGAGCUGAUGGUGGCUCAGGAUGUUAUAGAGGAAAUUCCAUUCGAGAUUGGUAAUCUGAACAACGUGCUGAGUCAACUGCCACCCGAUGCAUUUAAUGAGUUACUGUUUAGUGAACAAGAACAAAAUGGUCCCACAUUCGAGUCCACCCAGCAGGAGGAGGAAGACCUGGAGCGGGCACUGGAAGUCGUCGGUGAGCAUGUGAAAUCCCUCGAGGAUAUGACGGUCGAGUCCGCUAACUUUUUAGGCGACUUUCUCGACAACGUGGACGACGAAAUGCUGGACGGGUCGGAUAUCUGCUCCGAGCAGAUGCUGCAAUCUCCGAACACCAACGAGAUUCGUGGAUUGGUACACACGUGAGUGGGUGGGAGCAAUGCGUAAAUGAUCUGAACGGAACAGGGGUAAGCGCGAGUAUGACUAUAAUAGAGUAACGCUUUGCUUUUUUUUUCGUUGAUUGGUUUGGAAAGUGAUAUUUUUGUUCGGUCGAAAUAAAAGUGUAUGUAGAUAGUUAUUUUGAAACGAGUGUUUACAGGCGCACUUGUAUAUUCCUACUAAGUUAGAUUAUUUCUAUCUUCUUCCGUGUAAGGCAAAAACGAAUUAGGCAUUGAUCUUAUUCACAUGCCUUCUCUGAAGCGAGAAACAUUUUAGGUUGAGAUUUUAUGUAUCGAUUAUGCUUUAAUUCAAAUCCCUUGACGCUCUAGGUGAGUGGAAACAGUAAUUUGACCUUAUUUGAUACAAAAUACGCUUCAUAACAAACAAAAAUAUACAAAACGAAUUCUGUGAAUUUGUGCAUCGUAAAAACAUAAUAUAGUUUGCUAUUAUUAUAUCUUCUGAUUAGUUAGAUUUUAGGUUGUAUUUAGUUUUUCGGUAGGAUACUGGAAUUUUUUUUCAAUUCGCAUUCACGCUCUGAACAUACGGCAAAAGUAACACAGGACAUCCAUACAUCUAGAGGUUAAUAAUAAUUUUCUGCCUUAGGUGGAAAUUUACAAACAGUUGUUUUUGUUUUGCUUUUUGUUUCUGAUUUUAUCCGAAUUCUAACAGUCUUUUCGUUCGUUCUUGACCACCCUUCUGAAAAGUUCAACUCAUUGCUCAAGAUAGUUGUAGGAAUGAUAAAGAGAAACUGGCAUAACUAUGAGAUAAACAUUGAGGACAUGGCUUCUGUCAGCUGAUUCCAUCCAUUAUUAAAAAAAACUAUUGAUAAAGGCAAGUGCAACAGAAAAAAAACUUCAAUUCGGGCAAUCAUUGGGAUAAUGUUCCCAGGAAGGUGUGAUAUUGCAGUCUUGGAGUAACAGUUCGGUAUAAUAAUUGCUUUUCUGCAUGCUUUUCGAAAAUAGAAGGACAGUUUUCGGAAAUGUCUUCACGUUCGGAAACGAUGGAAAGACAUUUCCGAACGUGGCCAAAGAAAAACUUAAUACGUUUCGGAAAAAAAUAAUAUCGUUCAAAUUUCAGCAUAUAGAUAAAAGAAAAACAGCGAAAUGUGCCAUAAAAAUUCGAGUAAAAAUAAUGCAACUUAGUGUACCAUACUUCAAAAGAAAAGAAAAUGUCGCUAUCAACAUUCGAUAAUUCUGAACCAUCUAGCCUCAAUCCAGCUACGAGAUUGGAUUCAAAAGUUAUUGGUUAUUGAUGACAGGCGGCAACAGUCUGACGACUUUCGAGUCACUGGAUAUAGUGACGAUAUUCUAGUUUCCUUAUACUUUUGAUUUUGCGGUUAAACUUGGCUUGAAUUGGGCAAUCAAUUCCUCUCUUCCAUUGAACUUAUGUUUGAUCGAUGUUCCAACUGGCACUAGCUAGCACAGCCUAUGGUGAUGUAUCUUCAUAUCGUGUUAGUGCUCUGCGGAAGAAUGAGUAGAACUUAAUCGUGAAUAUCUUGAGUUGUACUAAAUGUAACAAAAACAACAUAAUUCUUUCUCCAUGCCAUCAGAAAUAUUAUCAAUUUAUGAUUAAAUUCUCAACAGUGUGAGAUAGCCAUAAACAAUUCAAAAAUUAAAUUUUCUCAAACUUUUAGAAACAAUGAGGAAAACUUAUCACACAUGCUUGCCUUUUUCGCACACGGACUACGGUUUUGAGGUAGUUUCAGUCCCGAUGUUCAACUGGACUAGCACAAAAGAUGAGCCAUGGUUGAUGAUCGAUCAUUUCUUCUUGUGCGUUAGACGGAAAUGAAUGUCGUGGUGAGGACUUAAUUUAGAGUUUAGUUAUAAUUUCAGAAUACAGAUUCAAUAGAUAAAACUAAGAGUAUGGAAAUACAUCCUAGCUCGGGAAUCUGGAACUAGAUUUUUAGAACCCAGUUCUAAUAAAUCCAGUUCUAAAACAUACCCCCUGGGUAUGUUUUAGAACUGGAUUUAGUGCUUUAAUUUAUGUAUGGAAUUCAAAUCCAGACUUCAGGUUCAGCCAUUCAGCUUCAGAACUCUGAAACAAAAUUUAAAAUAUGAAUUUCAGAUCUGAACUCCGUACGAGAUUUUUGGAAUUGACUUUUGAAUUUAUUCCCAGAAUUUUGGUACGGAAACGACGGAACGUGUGAACGUACCGGCAAAGAAAGUAUUAAACUAAUUUUGACAGAUCAAACUCAAAAAUUGUUUUAACAGAAGUAAAAGCUCGUGUGCACGCAGUUAUAGGUUCGUUACUUCCAAAUAUAGUCCUGUGAAAGUCUUUUUUAUAGUGGAGUCCUAUAUCGCAAUGAUCUGCUUGGUACUCGAAAACUAAUUUUGCUGCGCAAUUCUGGAGCAUCAAUCUCCCCGUUUAUUGAUUUCGCAAGGCAAAUAUCGAACUGCCAUGCGAACAAAGCGUUUCUGAACACGUUCAAGUCUGAGGCUCCACGAUAUUUGAUACGGACACCAGAUUACUGAAGCAUUUUCCAGAAUCGGGCGGACGAGUGAGCAAUAUAAAGCCUUCAAGCAAAGCGGAUCUUUGGAGUGUUUGGCAAUUUUAGAGAUUAAUCUCAGCUGACGGGAACAUUUUGAAAUAACUAGCGACCGCUGGACAUCGAACGUCAGUUUGGCAUCCAGUUGUACACCAAGAUUAUACACCUGAGUCUCUCUAGACAAAAUUGUUUCAUCAAUGUUAUAGUCGAGAAUAAUGGGACGUAGAAUCCGGUGAAAUGUGAUAACUUGGCAUUUGGUUACAUUGAUAAUACGUUUAUUUUCCUUGCACCAAUUUGCGAACCUUGUUAGAAAAUCUUCCAGUCGUUGGCAAUCCUCAAUUCUACGAACGGCGAGAUACAGCUUCAAAUCAUCUGCGUAUAUUGAUGCAACAUCGUUGAAAAAUACUACAAAUAGCAAGGGUCCUAAGUUACUACCUUGCGGAACAAGGUUCAUACAUUAUUAACGGCCCUUACACGUUCAUUAAAAGUGUAAUUACUAAAGCUUGCUUCAUUUAGAAUUGGAACAAACUUUUUCUCAUAUUGUGGCGCUCCUGGUGGACGGAUUAUGAAGUUCUUGGCGCUCACGUGUUGGGAAUUUUGUCAGCUUCACGUAUGAUUUUUGACAUUCCGAAAAUCGAAUGUACUUUGUAAACAAUUAACAUGGAAGCCGAAAGAAGGGAAAAAAAUGUGCACAGUUAUUUGGAAAAUCGAUUAUGGUCUGCAUCUAGGCUAGCUAAACAGCUGAAAAUGCUCAGAAAUACCACAUGGCGCGUUAUCAAACGGUAUAAGGAAACAUUGACGACAAUUCGAAAGCCUCAAGCCAAUCGUCGGAGUGAAACUGUCGACCGGAAACUGCGUGGUAAGAUUUUGAAGACGAUUAAGAGGAAUCCUAAUCUGUCGGACCGUGAUUUGGCCAGAAAAUUCGAUGCUGCCCAUAGUACCGUGAGGAGAACUCGACUCCGGGAAGGAAUCAAGUCGUAUCGAGCUAGCAAACUGCCAAAUCGGAUCAUAAAACAGAAUAGUGUGGUCAAAAUUCGUGCUCGGAAACUACCCGGUGCUGACCAAGUUCGACGGGUGUCUUCUGAUGGACGAUGAAACCUAUGUCAAGGAUGACUUCGGGCAAAUCCCAGGUCAAAAAUUUUACUUGGCAACGGCUCGGGGGGAUGUUCCAGCCAAAUUUAAAUUUGUUUUUGCCGACAAAUUUGCAAGAAAAUUUAUGAUUUGGCACGGCAUUUGCAGCUGUGGCAAAAAACGAAAGUUUUCGUUACAAAUAAGACAAUGACAUCGGAACUAUACCAAAAAGAGUGUCUCCAAAAACGAAUUUUGCCGUUUCAUUCUAUCCCACGACCAUCCCGUAAUGUUUUAGCCAGAUUUGGCAAGCUGUCAGUACAACAAAGUUGUUCAAGAAUGGUAUGCAGAGAAAGGGGUCCAGUUUGUUCCGAAAAACCUUAACCCACCCAACUGCCCCCAGUUCUUCCGCCCUAUUGAGAAUUCCUUCGAAACCGCGACGAAUAAUUUUAUCCGUACUUUUUCUUAAAAGAAUGAAGAAAACGCUACAUUUGUAUAAAAAAAGAUCUUGAAUUGAAUAAUAAAUAACUGAAAUACAGGCAAUUGUCUUUGUUCCAAUUCUAUUUGAAGCAAGCUUUAAAAAGCAAUGUCAUUUUUAUUGAACGUGUAAGGGUAAGUAAUGACCAAUUCACCAUACAAAUUUGGAAUGUCAUUACUUUAGCUGUCAUUAAAAGUGACAAUAAUAAUUCUCGUGUAAGGCCGCUAAUUCGCUUUCACGUCCUCCAGUUACCAGAGAUGCCAGGUAAAAAUUUCAAAUAUCUUCAGCCAGUGUUGCAAAAAAUAAAAAAUCCGAAAAAAAUAUGCAGUCAGUAAAUAUGGUCUUGCUGGCAGCAAUUUCUCUAUAAAGUAUGAUACACUGAACUGACUUGGCGAACAAAACAAAAAAGUCGUGACAAUUUCAAAAGUCUGCAUUUUGUAUUUUUUCAAAAAUCUGUGAUCAAGCCAAAAAACAGUCUAUGCAGAAUAUGUGCACGUUUCCUGUUACAAAAUAGCUGAUCGGAAUCAUUUUGGUAAGCAAGACAAGGUCUCGCUACUUCCAACCGCUUUGUCGGAUAUUCAUUUUCUCUCAGUUUUCCCUAGCAAAUUGAUUACUUUUUGCAACUCAUUGCCAGUCUGUGAUCGAUUUCAGAAAUCUGUGAAAAUCUAUGAAAUACAGUUUAAUCUGUGAACCAAACAUCUCUGAGCAAGGUCACCAGUUAUACAGAAAUUCAAGGAAGCUCCAUUUGAUCAACUUUUUCUCGGCAACCACCUGUUUGUGAGGACUUUGGCAACCGCCAGAAGCCUGGAUGAAUUCCGGUUACUGUCAGAAUUUCCCAGACGAAAUUGUGUGAUUUCUCACGUUAUUCUUUUUCACAUAGACUUCAUAUUAAAAAAAACUAAAGGCGCUAAAAAUGUAGAACAGAUUAAAAACGGUUCUACCAGUUUUGUAUGGCAAGAGUCCCGACAAUAACAGAACCGUUGAUAAUCGCUAGGCGGGCAUUUGCUUUAACUGCUUCUAUCAAGUUUUGCUCAGACUUGGUGGUCACUUUUCUCGCUGCAGAUUACCAGUUUGCCUUAGGGCAAAGACAUCAAAUUAACAAGAUAUACAGCUCUCACAUUUCCCGAACAAAUCAUUGGUAACAUCGUUUUUUUGCGAGCAUGGCGCCCUCAGGCGAGUCCGCAUCCAAUCUCGUACACUCAGAAAAAUAUAAUGGUAACAGUUACUAUAUAGAGGGCCAUCCUGACCAUGCGAGUAUAGUGGUUUUCAGCCGACUAUUGAAUCAGAUGAUUUCAACGAUAGUCAAGUUCAUGUUUACUAUAAAUGGUAUCGGCUCUAGAAUAGUAAUAUUGAACAGUAUAUUGUAUGAAUAACCAAUACGAUUGAGAUGGUUAGGCUAACCAUGACCGAAUCUUUAUUUACAUUGUAGUUUUCGCUAUAACCAGAGCCAUGGUAUUUUUAACAUUUCACUUCUAGUUAUUUCGAAACUAAAGGCAGUGGUUGUUUCAACAAUGCUGAAGAUCAGCAGAACAUGAGCUAAUGUUAAAAAGUUUUAUGAAUUUGAAUUCUAGAACAAGAACAACAAAAUAGUUUCAUGGAAUUUUAUUUUAUUUUCACAUCAUAUUAAAUGAUGACAUGCCUAGUGGAAUGUUGAAUAGCAACGUGGACACUGAGGAGCAUUGUUUGGUAGCAGCAGUUGAUCAAAGGCUCUGAUGUCCGGUGGAUUUUUUCCUGAAGCAGGAAUGAGCAGCAUGAAAGAAAUUAAUAGCCAAGUCCAGAUGUAAACCUCGUUACCCACCUGCGAUAUGUUGGAUGUUAUUUCUACAGCGACCGAUAAUGAAUGAUAAAUCGUAUACGAGACGUUGAUUUCACUGGAAAACGUAGCCGUUGCCGGAAAAAUGGUUGAAACAUUGAAUUUCAAUGACAGAAACUAUUAAGGCUACAAACUUUCCUCACCUGCAAGACCUACCAAAUUACACAAAGUCAUCAUAUAAAAUAUUUUUUUCAUAUCAAUCACUGAUGUGUUACCCACGUACGAAAUUUUCUGUUAUAUUGUAACUUUAUGUGACAAUAACAUAGAACAUUCGUUUAUUGACAAUUUGUAUAGUCAGCACAAAUGAAAUACAUAGUCGGUUAAAAAACAAAAAAUACACGAUAAUGUGAUUACUACAUAAAUUCUGUUGAUAUGGACUACAUGAAUAGUGUUUUCAAACUUCAUAAUCGUCUAUCAAACCAUGUAUCUAUUUAUGGUAACAUUAUUAUACUGUGAACAUAUUCACAUGGUAGCAAUAACUAUUUCGCUUCUCAUAUAUCAAGGCUCAAGAGCAAUUUCACCUUACUAGAAAUUGUGAGUUUAACUAUUUGUUCUUAUAUUUGAGAUGACUACCAUUGUCAGUAUGACCAUGCCAGAAAAGUCAUUAAUACAAAUAGUUUAGUCAAGUCGUAGUCUUUGUUGUCUAGUAAUUUCUACAAUACAGAUGGUGAAUAGUCAUAUAUCAUGCUCUUUGCUACUAUUUUAGCGUAUAGUAGAAAUGACAAUGAAAAACAGUUUGCGGUUACUAUGGUUCUUUUCUCAGUGUAUAUAGAAGUAGGGGAGAGAAAUGUCAAAUUCGUGCGCGCCAAAAUAGCAGCACUGCAUACCCAUGAUGAUGGUGCUGAGCUGAAGAUUGAUUUCACUCCAAGCUGACAGGGUCUGCUUAGGGUCUAAACAAUGAAAAAAAAUCAUCAGUUUUGCGAAUUUUUUCCAGAAUUAUCGUUCAGCAAAAUAAAUUUAAAUAUUUUGCUUGAUAAAAAGCAUCAUUCGAACAACAUUUUGUAAUUUCUUCGUGGAAAAAUAUUGAGAAAUAAGUCGGUGAAAAGGUAUUUUUGAGAACGCUUCUUAAAAAUCAUGAUUUGCGGUGUCCACUGUAACUCAGCGCAGACUAAUCAAAAGUGAACAAAUCGACCGUCCCACGACAAAAGGGCCUAACUGCAAAUGACAGUUUCUCUUUGUUUACUUUUUCUUUCUCGAUUUACCGAACAGAUUUUAUAUUUGACGCUUUACUUUUCGCAAAACUUUCAAGGUAAAACUACAAGCUUUCGAUUUAUAUUGGAAACUUUAUAGAAUUUGCAAUAAUGGCUCCGUAAUAAACAAAAGAGAAAGUAAACAAAGAGAGGCUCUCAUUUGCAGUUAGGCCCUUUUAUCGUGGGACUAUCGAAAUGAACACAGCAUAAUUAGAAUAGAAGUUUUUCUAGACCCCAACGAUUCUGUUUGAUUUUUUUAGUGUUUUUAAAUUUUUGGUGGUUGUUCAAAGGGAAAACUACGAUUUUUGCGAAAAUAUCCACCAUUUUGUAGCUGUUAAACCAACCCAAAGUAACAAACAACUAAAAGGAAAACGUUGGGGUCUGUUUUUUAUAUGUAGAAAGUGUGUGCAAAAUUUGAAAAAAAUUGGUGCAGUAGUUUUUGAAUGACGAUGGACACGGACUUCAAAACCUGCUUUCGAGGAAAACGCGUUUAAAGGUUUUUGUCUAUAAAAUCAAUGGAAACAAUUAAUUACUCCAGGGAGCCUGUAGGGUCUAACAUUUUCAAAAAAUCAUAUUUUUCUUUUAUAAUUUAUUAUAACGAAACAUUUCAAGAAUGUUUUGUCAAGUUUUGAAGUCAAUCGAAGUAGAAAUCUUGGGCUUGUGCGCCGAACUCUUGCCUCUUCGUAGAAUGAGAUAGCCAUAGAUAAAGGUCAAUAACCUCCAGAGUUUCGUUCCAAUAGGUUUGAAAAUUUCACAGAAAAUUCUUCAAAUGUUUUCCUAUAAAGAAAAUAAUAAAUGAUUUUUCAAAAGUGUUAGACCCUACCCGCCCUUUAAACUGAACCCCGCCUUCAAGUUUCGCUAGACGAUUGCCCAACAUUCCCCCUGGAAGUAAUUCGCGGCAUAUCACUUCAUGAUUUUUGUUCCGUAAUGACAAGAUGCAGCCAAAACAGAACGGAACAAUUUUGUUGCUUUGUUCGCAGCUUAUCCACCCUAAUCGUGAAUUGUCUACGGUCGAUACGAAAGAAGUUAAGCUGAGUGGUAGUGAACAAAAAGACGCUUCCGAAACGAUCAUAUUACAAGUGAAAUAUUGCUAAAAGAUAAAAUGCACUUGGACUUGAAGGAUGUAUUUAAAAUAAAAUUUAACUAGACUUGUAGCGCAGUCUUUGUCAUGUUCAGUUUGUAUGGUUAAAUACAAAUACACUGAUUUUCUUGACUCUUGAGCCACCUUGAGCUAGUUUUAACUUUGAUCUGUAUUUAGUAUUAACAAAUAAAAUUUUUCCCUGGUAUCCUAAAUUGUGUGCGUGUGCUUUGUAUGGCGAUAUUACGACGAAGAAAUGAUCGGAAAUGCGAUUUGUGAUCCAACGGCUCUAUGCUGGUUGGUAAUAAAAACGCGGACUAGGAUGGACUGUUUUGAGUUUCGCUUGAAAAAGUUGGUCGUUCGUUUCGACGACUUUGCGACUUGCGGUUUUCGAUUUCCUUCCGAUUUAGACACCCUGGCUGUUGUCCAACGUUCUCUGAACUCUUUUAUUACGGCCACAUUCAACCAUUUCGACGACUCGGCGUGCAAGUUGGUCGGAUUUUUGCGAUGCACGAGAAAUUUUUUUACAACUGAAAAUCGUAUGUUAAAGUCAAACAGUAGGCGUAUUAUAGGUGGGAUUUACACGAAGUAUCGAAUACAAACAAAAUAUUGUCAAAAUGAAAAUAAAAAUAAGAGGGUCUGACAGAUCGAAGUGCUCCUAAUUGAAUUAUGCAAGCGAUUUUCUUUGAGUAAAUGUGCUGUUUAGAUUUGGGGUCCUAGUUCCUUUAAAUAGAAAAGAACCCAACAAUUAGAAUGGUUAUGGUUAUCGGAUUUUUAUGGCACAUACAGCAGAUGCAACUAGUUUUGGAAAAUCGAGGUAAGAGUCUGAUCACACCAAACAGUCGAACUUUGAGCUAGUGAAAAAAAAACUCCAUAACGAAAUUUGAAAUGGAUGUAAAUUACUUAAAUUAAACGAACAGUAUAGGAAAAAUUAAUCGUGAACAGUUCUUGGCCGUCUUCGUGGUUAUUGUCAUAAGUUGUAAAAAUAAAGUUCUGCAGUCAGGUGAUAGUAUUAAUCGAAAUCUGUAUGUACCUUCGUAUAUAUCAAAAAAGUAUAUACCAAAAUACUGAGGAGCCUUCGAAUUCGGCUUGAGUAGAAGGAACUAGUACACACAUGCUUAUAUUCAUAACAAAACAUACGAUAUUGUAAUUAUAAUCAAUGUAUAGUUUAAAACGAAAGUAUUUUCGCGCUAGUUCUAGUGAAAAUUUUUCGUAUAGGCUUCGUUGGCGUCAUCUAAUAUUAUCAAAAGAUGAGUAAGUGGACAUUGUCAUACUGGAACACCGAUUGUUAGCUGAGAUAUAAACGGAACGAACACGAUAACAGUGUUAACAGAAUAGUCCCACUAACUAGAGCUACGAAAUAAGAAACUACGAGGAAGCUUUACUAGUUAUUACAGCAUCUUCUGCAUACAAGAUUACCUUUUCGCAAUAAAGCAUUUCACAUCAACCAAACAAUCAUCGUUUGCGAAAAAACACAUUAACUGAGCAGUAAUAGUAGAGUAGCGUAAAAGAAAUAAACAAAAAAAAACACAAUAAUGAACAGAAUUGCAUUGCCGGAGUUAAAUUUUUAUAAUAAAAUGUGAAAAUGUGCAAA